UUGAGGGCUGGGGUUUAGAUACAACAAGAGAGGUUAGUUUCCUUUCAACUUUAAAUAAUGAUAAUUUAAAAUAUAUGAUUAUACAUGAUGAUUGGAGUCUGAUUUUUGAUAAUUCUGGUUGUUCAGACAAUCUGUUAAUUCUAUUAACAGUAGUGUGGUCUUGCACAAGUUGUCCCUGUGCAUCAUGUAUGUUUUCUAUUAGAUGGCACCAUCUAGAGGCCAAAAUUAUACAACUUUUUUUUUUGUAAUAAAUUUGACUUCGCCUUAACCUGAAAAUUUGUAUUCUCAUGGAAGUAAUUUGUCUUCAUUUUAACUCCUGCUUUCAAACUUAUCUAAUCGUGAAGGUCGGCUAAUAUCUACUUCAGUCUGUAAGAAGUGGCCCCUUGACUGACUUUCUCAAGGAAGAAAGCAGCAUUAAAAGAAGUGCACAAGGCCACACACUAGAUAGAGCAAUAGAAAUUCUAGAUAAAACACUUUGAUAGUAAAUACGUUGAACAAGCUCCACAAUUUUCAGCAGCCAUUAUCACAUUUUAGCCUUUUUAAGUUAUGAUUAAAGAUGGAGAUGGAGCCUUAACUUUCCUUGUUCUACCCUCACAACGUGUGGGUCAUGUGAGUGAAGACGCUCCUGUGAAGCAUAAAAGGUAGACCUGUGAUCUUAUAUUUUUCCAUAUAAAAGGUCACACCAUGCUUUCCUCUUUGUUUUCCAGCUGGUCACUUUUCCUGAUCAGUCUCUACUGACCACCUCUAUUUUUCUUUUGUUCACUUGCAAACCUGAAAAUAUGAGUAAUGACCAUCUUCCAUGAAAUGCAGGUCUUGUGAAAGCAAGUGAUAUUGACAUUUAAUCAAGUGACAAUCUCAGUACAUAAAAAGCACAUACACUCACACAGUGUUUACAAAAAAAUAUUAACGCUAUUGUUUGCUGCUGUUGCUGCUAAUAAAAAAGAGGACUUUCUCCAAUCACUUGCAUAUUAUAAUAAAUGCAUGCAUAUGUGCUUUUUUUUUGGCAUGCUAUAUUAUUAAGACAGUAAUGUUAACACUCAUUCUGUUGGUUUGCAGGGUUGCACAACAUCUUGAAAUAUAUGCAGAUACACUAGUCAGAGACAAAAUUAUGAUUGCCUUGAUGAAGUGAUCUGAAAUAUGAAAAAUGGCUCAUCAUACCCCACUCUCCCCUACGAACAGAAAACUGUUUGUAGGUGCAGUUACAUCCUCCUCCCUGGUGGGGCGCUGUUAAAAUUACAUGAGGUAUUUAUUUCUUCCGGCCCUGCAUGCGGAAGAAAAACCCGCCAUUGAAGCUUUCUCUCAACGUGAGCGUUUCGUCUAAGAGCACCCUUUUUGAAAAGGUGCAAUUUUUUUCCACUGAAUAUCUACAACUGGGAUAAGUUUUGGAGAAAUGGCGUACCGAGGACAAGGACAGAAGGUCCAGAAGGUUAUGGUGCAACCCAUUGUAUCCUUUGUGUUCAAAGAAGACAGACUCGUCUGCGGGCUACAUGAACUUAGCAUGGAGGCUAACCCUCUCAUUUAGUCUCAUUAUUCCGUUAGGUACAGAGUUUACAGGCUGAGAGAAAGGACCGCGCUUCGUUAGAGUGUGUACAGAGAUAAACUAAGUCUGCUUUGAAGAAUCAGUGAGGUGCUUUACAAAGGUUAGAUUGUCCGCUGAGGUUUUCUACGGCAGGAUAACAGGGUAUAAAUGCUAACUUCAUGCUGCCGAGUACGGUUCAUGACAGUGUCUGGUUUAGUGAGGUUUACUCUUCAUCCGUCUGCUUCUGUCAGCAGAAGAAGGUUAAAAGGCGUUAAUAUCCCGUUAUCUUUGUCAAAAUUCAUUCUGGCUUUUCAGUGUAGUUUAACAGCUUAUUUUGAAGAAUCUCUGAAUAAAAUUAAUCAGUGGUUUGUGUUAAACUAGUAAAUGUGAGCCAGCUUUUAUAUAUAAAAAAUAUGUUGUGGUGUCUCUUUAAAAAAGUUGAUUUCCUUGACUUUGCACCAGAACCUAAUUUUCAGGUAUCUACAAAAUGUAAGUAUAACUUUUGACUUUGACUUUGAGUUGUUGACUAUCAUGUACGGUGGUCAAGAACAGCCACUGCUGCAAAUAAAAAAGAUUGCCAAAAAAAAAAAACAACUACAGAGGUUAGCAAUGCAAAAUCAAUUAACAGAAGCUCACUGCAAAUAAAAAAGAAACAGUGCAGAUUAAAAAAAAGCCACAACAGAAGUUCAUGAUGCAAAAGAAAAAAAGUGGUGAUGCAAAAAAAAAAAAAAAGUUAUUGUGAAAAUAAAAGGAUCCUGGUGUAGUGUUCAAUUCAGUUCAACUUUAUAUCGACUCAGGCACAAUGUAACCAAAUGACAUAUUGAAAAGCACACAAAGUGAAAUUAAACAGUAACCUUUCCACUUACUUCUUUGCUCGUCUUCUCGCAGUCGUCUUCUGUGUCUAGAUUGUAAAACACCAGUGCAUCACCAUUAUUGGUCCCUGGCAGCUCACUUUAUUUUCGCCAUCGCCACUUUCUUUUUUUUGGGCGUCAUGAACUUCCAUUGUGUCCUUUUUUUUUAUCUGCAGUUUCUUUUUUUAUUUGCAGCAGUGGCUGUUCUCAGUCACCAUAGGCAAGCACAAGAUAGAGAUUUUUGCCAAUGUUCUAUGCAAUUACAUUUCUAAGCUUAUUUUGGCUGAUUUCAACUCCUUAAUGCAUCUUGUUGUUGUUAUAAAGAACAUCAAGUCUCUCUGGUUCUAGACAUAAAUUUGAAGUUUUGUUGCAAGGGUCUGUUUCAGAAAUAAACAUCUGAUUUUACAGACAUUAGUAAAUGUGUCCCCUGUUGUUUCAAAAUACUUUCAUACAGCUGACAUGUUGAUUUCCAGCUUGUUGAUGUUCAAACCAUCAUUACAGACAUAGUGUGUCACUUCUUCAGCUGGACAUAUUGGCAGAAAUUUCACAUCUGUUGACGCUGAUAAUUGACAUUUCAAUCCAGUAUCUGCCAAUACCAGUAUUAUGAUAUUGUGCAUCCUGAGUUGACUAUGGGCUUUUUUUGGGAGGUGGAAAAAUAAGAUGUUGGUCUCAUUCCUUGUCCACUUCUUUCACAGCGAUCACGGAUCCAAGUGUGGCUGUAUGAACAGGUGAACAUGCGGAUAGAGGGCUGCAUCAUUGUAAGUAACCUUUUUAUUUGUUCCUGGGAUCCGUUGUUAAAAAAGCUGAUUUAUUAUUUGUGUUAAGUCUGUUUUGCCUGUCAGGAGGGUAACCGAGUUUUCCAUUUCUAAGAGAGAUAACUCAAACCUGCUUCAGAGAGAGACGUGACUCAAGCUAAGCUAACCUAACAUGGUCAGGAACAGGUUUUCUCCAAUGAACCCUGAGUUUCUAGCUCUGCUCUCUCUUAGAGAGCCUAGACCACUGUUUACAUUUCUGCUUUCAUUCAUUGAAACAGUGUUCAGCGUAAGCCAAAAUAAAGAUGUAGAUGAAUGUCUCAAAUGUAGGUGUUCGGUGUACUCUGUUAGGCGUAAUAGCCUAUAAAAUGAAAGCCAUGCCAGGUCAAGAAGUCAAGCAGGAAGAGCUACGUACCAACCUAUGUGCUGUAUUUAUAACUCCAGGACACUGAUUAAUCUGUGUUCACGGUGGGAUAAGAUUGGCUAGUAAGGAGGUAAAGACAGUAACAUUGUCAGAUUGCAUUCUUAUCAAUGUGCUCAAACCUUGGCUGUGACUUGACAAUGAUUUAAGACAGUGUUUGAUGUCAAAGGGGGAUACUAAAUUACCAUUCCUAAUUACAAAUAGAGAAAUGCCAGGUGCUACUUGAUCAAAAAGUGUCACACAAAGUGGCUGUGAACUUCUAACCUCUUCGCACCUUAUGGACUGAUCUAACCUCACGUGAGACAUGUGGAGACUAACUUUAAGCCAUGUUUUGUUGUCUUAGGGAUUUGAUGAGUACAUGAACCUGGUUCUAGAUGAUGCUGAGGAGGUCCACAUGAAGACUAAGAACAGAAAGCCACUGGGUAAGAGCACCUUAUUUUGGAAAGAUUUUCCUUGAGAGCAUUUUGUUCAUUUGUUAUGCUUUGUAUAAAGAUAUAUUUAACAGAAUGAUUAGCUAAAGAAUCUUCAGCAUCAGGUUCACUGACAGUUCUCCUGUGUAUUCUUAAAAAGUCUAUUCUUCAGUGUAUUGUAUUUGUUAGGGUUACAUUUUGGAUGGCACAAAUGUCUGAAUAUUGAAAAAAAUUUAUGAUUUGCUGGUAUCAUGAUUUUUUAAAUUGAUCGUUUCUGCGGGAUUGUUUGUUCACAAGACAAUUUUUGGCGUUUAUGUUAGGGUAUUACAUAAUUAAAUUAUCAAGGCACUCAAAAAUCCAGAAGAGAGGAGAAAAUAUGAAACAUGAGUUUAAGGAAAUUUAGCUUCAAAUAAAAAAUACCUGAAUGGUUGGCAGGGACACCCAUUCAUGCUCACAGAACCACUCACAAGGUACGCAAACAGGUUUAAAAUUCGGUAUAUAACUGUGUUUAUUUCUGUUUGUUCUGCUAUGCAACAACAUUAUUUAUUUUGCCUUGAUUGGAUCCCAAAUGGCCUAAAAGUCCUAAUUUGAUUUGGAAAGCUAACAGAAACCCUGUCAGAGCAAGUCAGGAUCAUUAACCAUGCUGCAAAUCUGGAAUUUAGUAGUUUGGUUUGAAGUAUUAUCACAUAUCCUGAUUGAAGAUUUGUUCCUGAGUAAUAUAGCUACCAGGCUACAGGAUUUCUGUUAUUGUAGUUGUUUUGAAAAGCUCAAAUCAUGGAGUCACUUUUUUAUUCAACCUUUGGUGUGUAUUCGCCAAUGUUUACAGUGUGUAUGUUGUGAUACUGGAGUACUGCCAUCUGUUGACACUCCAUCUGAAAGUGAACUGACACUGAGUGUCUCUUUCCAUCUGUCCUCUUGCUGUUCUGAUCCAUUGUCUCUCAUGUUUUCCCUUCUGUCCCCCAGGGAGGAUCAUGUUGAAAGGAGACAACAUCACCUUGCUUCAGAGUGUGUCUAACUAGGACGAUGGAGACCAACAAAUCAUCCUCCUCAUUUUUAGUUUUUUUUUUUUUUUUUUUGCAAGUGUCUUUACGUAGGUUCACGUUUAUUUUACAUUAAUAUUGUAAUUGAGUCUUUCUACCAGUUCUACGGUUUGGAAAUAAAGUUGUUUUUCCUUUCUUA